CAUGUGCAGAGCGGAGCGGGCCGGGCCGCUCGCCGCGCCCGCCGCGCCCCGGGGCUGCGGCCGCCGCCGCCCGCCCGCUGCCAGGUGAAGCCGCGCUCGCUGGGGCGGAGCGCAGCGGGGCAGCCGCCGGCCCGUGGCGGCGGCGGCGGCGGGGCAGGAUGAACAGCUCCGACGAGGAGAAGCAGCUGGAGCUCCUCGCCAGCCUGAAGGACCAAGCUAUUGGCGAAUAUGAAGAGCUUAGAGCAGAAAAUAAGAAAACUAAGGAAGAGUGUGACAAAAUCAAGCAAGAACGAGAUGAGGCUGUCAAGAAGCUGGAGGAGUUUCAGAAAAUUUCUCACAUGGUUAUUGAGGAAGUGAACUGUAUUCAGAACCAUCUUGAAAUUGAGAAGACAUGCCGUGAAAGUGCUGAGGCUUUGGCUUCUAAGCUGAACAAAGAAAAUAAAACCUUGAAAAGAAUUAGUAUGCUUUGUAUGGCCAAACUGGGCCCAGAAAUUAUCACUGAAGAGAUUAACAUUGAUGAGGAUGAAUCAUCCACGGAUACAGAAGCUACCUCUGGAUCAUGCAAUUCUGUGCACUGUCAGCAGCAAAUAAAAGAGCUGCGAGAUCAAAUCGUAUCUGUUCAUGAGGAAAAGAAGACCUUGGCCAUUGAACUGGAAAACCUGAGGUGCAAACUUGCAGAAGUAAUUGAAGAAGUAAAUAAGUUGAAAGAAGAAAAGGCUGUUUUGACAACCGAAGUUAAUAAGCAACAAAAGCUGUUGGAGAAAUGUAACAGAGUGUCUGUGCUGGCAGUAGAGGAAUAUGAAGAGCUUCAUGAAAACUUUGAGCUGGAAAAGAACCUGCGGAAGAAGGCAGAGUCGUUUGCACAGGAGAUGUUUAUUGAGCAAAACAAGAUGAAAAGGCAGAGUCAGUUGCUUCUGCAAAAUUUUGCUCCCGAUCAACAACUUUUGAAGGCUUUGGAUGACAAUGCUAAGCUAACCCACACAUUAGAAGAAGAGAGGCUUCAACACCAGCAAAAGAUUAAAGAAUUAGAAGAGCAGCUAGAGAAUCAGUCACUGCACAAGGAGAUUAGUCGCCUUAAACAGCAACUAGAACUUUUGGAAGAAGAUAAAAAAGAACUGGAGCUGAAGUGUCAGCAUGCAGAAGAAAAAGCUAGGGACCUAAAGCACUCAGUUGAUGAGCUUCAGAAGCGAAUCCAGCAGUCUGAAAAUCCUGCCCCGCCUCCGCCGCCGCCUCCUCCGCCACCUCUCCCUCCUCCUCCUCCUCCCAACCCCAUACGGUCUCUCAUGUCAAUGAUUCGCAAGAGAUCUCACUCCAACACCAACGUGAGCAAGAAGGAGAAACCUCCUCAGCAGGAGUCAGCAGGUGAAGAAGUUACAGAUCUGAAGAGGCAAGCUGUGGAAGAAAUGAUGGACAGGAUUAAAAAGGGAGUUCACCUGAGACCAGUCAACCAGUCAAGCAGGCCUAAAACAAAGCCAGAAACACCAAAGCCCUCUGAAAGUGCAAUGAAAGAGCUAAAAGGGAUUCUGGAAACACUGAAUAAAUCCACCAGUUCCCGAAGCUUGAAGUCCCUUGAGACAGACAGUGGUGAGACAGAGCUGGAGCGAGUCCUGCGACGCCGGAAAGUGACCACUGACCAGGACAGUGGCAGUCCCACUGGAAUCUUGGCCACAUCAGAAUCAAAGUCUCUGCCUGUGCUGGGUUCAGGAGCCAGUGCCCCACAGGCAGCACUGAACAAGAAAGAUGUGGAGACAGAUUUCACCUCCAAAGUACCCAACUCAGGUCCUGUCCCCAACCAGCCUAAGGGUGCUACAGGCUCCAAGCCUACUUUACAAUCAACUAGUCACACAGAACUGACAAGAAAAGCUUCUAGCAGUGAAAAAGAGACAGAAUCCGUGGUAGUUUUAGAUCCUGUGUCCACCAGUGGGGAUCAAAUGUCUGAAAAUGCCCUGAACCAGAACAAAGUGAAAGAGGAAAAAAGCAAGCCACUGCAUAAAGAAACUAACGUUGGGAAAAUAAAAGAAACAGAUAGUUCUAGCUGUUAAUUGUUACUCUGCAAGGCUGUACCUUUUGGGAAUCAUUAUCUGGACAUGUGAAUUGCUUAGGUGUGUUACUAGGGGCCACGGUCUGUACUCCAGACAGAAAUAAUACAGAUUGGAAUGGUCUUUUGUAUGCAGCUUUUGUUACAUGCACUGAAGUGUUAAAUAACUGUGUGUCACUCAAAAUCCCUUUCCCAUUUUAAUUUUGCAGGUAUGGUUAUUAAUUUCUUAGAUUGUGUCAGUUACCUUUAAAAAUGGAUUUGAAGAGGCUUUUUUAACUCUUCUUUUAUUGAGAAGAUGCCUUGUUGAAGGUCUGUUCCAAAGCUUGCCAGAAGCCCCUUGCAUUCCUCUUGAGCUGGACAGGUUUGGGUUAGGCCCUGUAAGUGAUUACACCCUCAUCAGCUUCAGUAUGGGGGUGUUACUAAUUAUUAAUAAAAAUGUGUUUAGACACGUUUCUCUAAAAAUGUUUUGAUACCCACUUAAACCAAUAUCUUGUUGGUCUCCUGCCUGCUGUCCCCACACAGGGAGGAAAUGAAAAGCACAAGCACAACCCUUCUGUUUCAGAUUGCCAGGGGACAGAGACUGAAAUGCAGAGGCAGUGCAGCAUCUCAUUGUAGUACCAAGAUUUUUGGCAGCAAUAGCCCCAGUCAGGGGUUUGUGGGCUGGGACUGGAGCUCUCAUUUGGGUUAAAAGCUUUGCAAAGAAAGACUUGCUCCUGAGUUUUAUUUUAAUGUUACACAGCAGCUCUUGGAACUGCUGCAGCCGGAGUCUGUUUUUACUGCUGCACAAAAAUAACUUGCCUUAGGCUCCAGUGGGUAUGGGCUGCAUUUGGGAUUCAGUCUAGGACUGAAAGUUAUUGGGAAUCAUCAACAUUCUGAAAGCUCACAGUGCUCACAAAUGAGCCCUUGCUUUGAACCUGGCACACACUGGUGGCAUUAAUUUCUUUAUUAGGUGACACUUCAGGUGUCUGGAUUUGAUAACACAAAUCCCAGUUUCCCUCAGCCCUUAUUUCCUAUGACAAGGGUGAGAUAGGAACAUCAUUGAUUUGCUCCACUGCCAAUUCACAUUCCAUUGCAGUCUCUUUAAAUUCAGCACAGUAUCUCAUUCUUUUAUAAUGAACAAAUGGAAUCAGGGAUUUACCUAAAGAUUGGUGUAACUGAAAUUGGGUGGGCACGUACUUGAAUGCACUUGGAUUCUUUUUUAUUUAAUUAUUUGAAACAGUGAUAGUAUUGAAGGAUGAAUGUUCUGAGUUUGUUGGUUUGGCUCUGCAUGCAACUGUCUGGUGCUUUUCCUAAAAAUAAAAUGAUAGUAAUGAGUGUGGUGGUUUCACAUCUAUUUUGGUGGUUUUUGCAUGUUUGCUACGAAAAUCUUGGACUUGAUCUAAUGACUGAAUUACAUACAGUUCAUAAACUUGUGGAAAUUUGUCUCUCACUGUUAUUUUCAUUUCUUGGGGACAGUUGGUUCUGGUUGUUAAUUUUUUACUUAGUUGUCUGUUACACUGAACUUAAAAUGCAAAAUUUCAUAUAUGUAUUUGUUUCUCAAAUUAUUGCUGCUGUAUUAUAUGUUCAGAUUUUCAAAUUAUGCAAAACCCAGAAGUUUUUCAAGAAGCAUUUCUUUUACUUAAACUGUUUUGUUACCUAGAACAUAAAUUAUUUCUUUAACUUUUCAUUGUUGCUUAUUAAAAAGACUCCUGACAAGUUUCCCA